AUGUUUGCUCGAAUGUUUGGCAAACCUAAGCAAGAAGCUAACGCCGUAACGACGUUAGACAAACUAAAUGAGACACUUGAAAUGCUAGAGAAGAAAGAAAAAGUGCUUCUGAAGAAAGCUGGUGCUGAGGUUGAAAAGGCAAAGGAGUUCACUAGAGCCAAAAACAAAAGGGCUGCAAUACAGUGUCUGAAGCGAAAAAGACUUUAUGAACAACAAAUUGAACAGCUUGGCAAUUUCCAAUUGCGUAUUCAUGAUCAGAUGAUAAUGCUUGAAGGUGCAAAAGCUACAACAGAGACAGUGGAUGCCUUGAGAACUGGAGCUCAAGCAAUGAAGGCAAUGCAAAAGGCUGUGAAUAUUGAUGACGUGGACAAGACAAUGGAUGAGAUAAAUGAGCAAACAGAGAACAUGAAACAAAUUCAGGAAGCAUUGUCAACACCUAUUGGUGCAGCAGCUGAUUUUGAUGAGGAUGAGUUGGAGGCUGAACUUGAAGAAUUAGAAGGAGCUGAGCUGGAAGAACAGCUGCUACAGCCUGCCACCACCGCACCUGCAGCUCCACUCCAUGUACCUGCAGGCAGACAAUCAACACGUCCACCUCCCCGCCACAACACCGCUGAGGAAGAUGAACUUGCUGCAUUGCAGGCUGAAAUGGCACUUUAAAGUUUCAACUCUCGGUUGGAAGAAAUUGUAAAGAUUUGGAUGUUUGAAAAAUGUUGGUUAUGAAUUAUGAUCUGUUAAAUCUAUUCACAUGGACACAUACUGUUUAUUUGAUAACAUGAUGACUUUUAAUCUUCUUAGGAACGAAAAAAAGGAUUGUCGUUCCAUUUUUAUCCUAGUGUUCAUGUGUUGAUGUGUUAUUUGAGAAUUUUUUUCUUAGUGAAUUCUAUAUCAUUGUUAAUGGUGAUGUGUUGCAUUGUUUUAUGGCUAGCA